CAAACAUAGUAUACAAUGAUACUAAAUCAUUUUGGUGUGCUCUUUCCGAAUGUGAAGUCGUUCAGUUAUAACGUUAAACAUUACCAGCGUCAAAAAGGUGCAGUGCGAUUCCGCUGUCGGCCUGAACGCGACUACACCAUGUCGGAACCGUCGCGCGAUUGGUCCAUCGAACGGGCGGUCGAGGAUAUGACGGCCAUCGGUGCGUUCGGUCCGGGGCGCGGGUUCGUGUCGUUCACGCUGGAUAACCGUCACACGGGACAAGACCAGUUCGCGUCCGUGGUGCUGUACGGGACGGUCACCUUGCGCGACGAACCGGACGGCCUCCGCAGCCAUCAGCUCGUGAUAAAGCUCAAACACCGGACUCCCGAAAUGAUCGCGCUGUGCACCAACGACGCGCAGUUCCACAACGAGAAACUGUUCUACGAACGGAUCAAGCCAUUCCUAUUGGACUGCGCCCAGGGACAGGACCGUCUGCCAUCACUCUGCCGUUACUUUUACGGGCGCAACGAAUGCGGCGAUCAGGCGUUCCGCGACGCGAUCGUCCUGGAAAAUGAAUGCCCACGGGGAUACCGUUGCAUGUCCGGCGACCGGAAGUUUAUGGAUUUCGAUCACUUAGUCGUGGCAUUGAGAACUUUGGCGAAGUUUCACGGGCUGUCGUACAGGGCCAAGCACAAGGCCUCGGACGAGUUUGCCGAUAUGGUGGCCGACGUCAAGGACACGCAUUGGAAAGACGACGGGAGUUAUGCGCUUCCGUUCCAGGUGAUCGAAAGCUUGAUCUCGGUGUGCCUGGACCGGAUGGAAGAACGUCACGGCGGCGACGGUCGGACGAGCCGUUUCCGGGCCAAGUUGUCGGGUUGCGGCGCGGAGCGAUUGCUGCGGACGGUUUUGGUGCCGCGCGAACCGCUGGCCGUGCUGUGCCACGGUGACUUCAACGUGAACAAUUUGCUGUUCCGGUACGACGAUCACGGCACGCCCGUGGACGCGCUGGUGAUGGACGUGGCCGACGUGCGGUACGUUUCGCCCGCGUUCGACCUGUCGUUCUUCCUGUACAUGAACACGGACCGCGGGACCCGGGAAGCGCACUGGGACGCGCUGCUGGACGAGUACUGCGCGGCGCUGUCCGAGUGCGUGGCCGACGUGGUCGACGUGGUCCGGGUGCCGGACCGCGGCCAGGUGGACGCCGAAAUGCGCCGGUUGGCGUUCUACGCGCUGGUCCGCGUGUCGUUUUUCAUGCGCGUCAUGUGCAUCGAACGCACCGCGUUCGACGACGUCAUGUCUUUCGUGCACAAGGACGUCGAGGAGAUCACGCGCGUAAUGCUUUCGUUCGGCGGUGACCGAGCCACCGAUCUCAUCGCGGACGUCGUUCAGCACAUAUUCGACAUCGGAGCCGCCGAAACCGUUGACGAACUGUGAACGCGGUCCCGUCGUCCAAACCGUCACCACGUCCACGGCCGACACGGUUUGCGAAAUCAUUGUUGUCGUUUUCAGCGGUCCGUGCUAGUUCGAACAAUACGAAUCGGUACGAGAAAAACCGUAAAAAAGUAAUCGAAUGUAUAUUUUUUAAUGAAAUAUACGAUCGGAAUAUUUAUCUGA